GUAGUGGACCACCUCCUCGCGGUGCUCUUGCUUGUGCUCUUGCUGGGCGCGGCCCCACUUCUUGAAAUUGACUUCGAAAAUUCCUCCCAGGUCUUAGGAUAUUUGCUUUGUGUUCCCGUGUUUGGUUUGCUGCUGGUUGGCUUGGGUGGUCUAGCAUGGACCGCCGUUAUUCAAUUGCGCCCGGCCACUCAAUAUGGAGUUUUCUUGUGCCACCACAAGGGCGGGGCUGGCGGCCUUUGCCGGCUGAUGAAGAUCCUCGUUGCCAGGCACACGUCCACCGGAGUUUUCCUGGAUUGCGACCAACUGGAGAGCCUGGAUUUUCUGUUUGAUGUCAUUCGGAAGUCGACGAAGAGCGUCGUAGUCGUUCUCACCCCGGAGCUCCUGAAGAGGGUGUGGUGCGCCGGCGAAAUCACAACGGCCUGGAAGAACGGGAUCACCACGGUGCCGCUCAUUUGUGACGGCUUCCGUCCUCUUUCGGAUGAGGCCCAGAAGAUGAUUCCGACUCUUUGGACGCCGCAGCAGAAGCAAAUCCUCGCGAACUACGGGGUGGAAAUCGAGGCGGUGAACACAGCCUACGGAUGGAUACAGCACGAUUUGGACAGUAUUGACAUGCCGCGUUUUGGUCACUCAGCAGGGACUCUUCCAAAAAAAAGGGCUGGAUGA